AUGGUGGACCAAGUAGUGGACCAAGUGGUGGACCUGGUGGUGGACCAAGUGGUGGACCUGGUGGUGGACCAAGUGGUGGACCAAGUGGUGGACCUGGUGGUAGACCAAGUGGUGGACCUGGUGGUGGACCAAGUGGUGGACCAAGUGGUGGACCAAGCGGUGAACCAAGUGGUGGACCUGGUGGUGGACCAACUGGUGGACCAAGUGGUGGACCAAGUGGUGGACCAAGUGGUGGACCAAGUGGUGGACCUGGUGGUGGACCAACUGGUGGACCAAGUAGUGAACCAAGUAGUGGACCAAGUGGUGAACCAAGUGGUGGACCAAGUGGUGGACCUGGUGGUGGACCUGGUGGUGGACCAAGUGGGGGACCAAGUGGUGGACCAAGCGGUGAACCAAGUGGUGGACCUGGUGGUGGACCAACUGGUGGACCAAGUGGUGGACCAAGUGGUGGACCAAGUGGUGGACCUGGUGGUGGACCAACUGGUGGACCAAGUGGUGAACCAAGUGGUGGACCAAGUGGUGAACCAAGUGGUGGACCAAGUGGUGGACCAAAUGGUGGACCAAGUAGUGAACCAAGUGGUGGAUCAAGUAGUGGACCAAGUGGUGGACCAAGUGGUGGACCUGGUGGUGGACCAACUGGUGGACCAAGUGGUGAACCAAGUAGUGGACCAAGUGGUGAACCAAGUGGUGGACCAAGUGGUGGACCAAGUGGUGGACCAAGUAGUGAACCAAGUGGUGGACCAAGUAGUGGACCAAGUGGUGGACCAACUGGUGAACCAAGUGGUGGACCUGGUGGUGAACCAAGUGGUGGACCUGGUGAUGGACCAACUGGUGGACCAAGUAGUGGACCAAGUGGUUGACCAAGUAGUGGACCAAGUGGUGGACCAAGUGGUGGACCAAGUGGUGGACCAAGUGGUGGACCUGGUGGUGGACCAAAUAGUGGACCAAAUAGUGGACCUGGUGGUAGACCAAGUGGUGGACCAAGUGGUGGACCAACUGGUGGACCAAGUGGUGGACCUGGUGGUGAACCAAGUGGUGGACCUGGUUGUGGACAAAGUGGUGGACCAAGUGGUGAACCAAGUGGUGGACCAAGUGGUGGACCAAGUGGUGAACCAAGUAGUGGACCGACCAAGUGGUGGACCAAGUGUGGACCAAGUGGUGAACCAAGUGGUGAACCAAGUGGUGGACCAAGUGGUGGACCAAGUGGUGGACCAAAUAGUGGACCAAGUGGUGGACCAUGUGGUGGACCAAAUAGUGGACCAAGUGGUGGACCAAGUGGUGGUACAAAUAGUGGACCAAGUGGUGGACCAAGUGGUGGACCUGGUGGUGGACCAAGUGGUGGACCAAGUGGUGGACCAAGUGGUGGGCCAAAUAGUGGACCAAGUAGUGGACCAAGCGGUGGACCAAGUGGUGGACCAAAUAGUGGACCAACUGGUGGACCAAGUGGUGAACCAAGUGGUGGACCAAGUGGUGGACCAAAUAGUGGACCAAGUGGUGGACCUGGUGGUGGACCAAAUAGUGGACCAAGUGGUGAACCAAGUGGUGAACCAAGUGGUGGACCAAGUGGUGGUCCAAGUGGUGGACCAAAUAGUGGACCAAGUGGUGGACCAAGUGGUGGACCAAAUAGUGGACCAAGUGGUGGACCAAGUGGUGGACCUGGUGGUGGACCAAGUGGCGGACCUGGUGGUGGACCAAGUGGUGGGCCAAAUAGUGGACCAAGUAGUGGACCAAGCGGUGGACCAAGUGGUGGACCAAAUAGUGGACCAACUGGUGGACCAAGUGGUGAACCAAGUAGUGGAUGACCAAGUGGUGGACCAAGUGGUGGACCAAAUAGUGGACCAAGUGGUGGACCUGGUGGUGGACCAAAUAGUGGACCAAGUGGUGAACCAAGUGGUGAACCAAGUGGUGGACCAAGUGGUGGUCCAAGUGGUGGACCAAAUAGUGGACCAAGUGGUGGACCAAGUGGUGGGCCAAGUAGUGGACCAAGUGGUGAACCAAGUGGUGGACCAAAUAAUGGACCAAGUAGUGGACCAAGUGGUUGACCAAGUGGUGGACCUGGUGGUGAACCAAGUGGUGGACCUGGUGGUGGACCAAGUGGUGGACCAAGUGGUGGACCAAGCUGUGGAACAAGUGGUGGACCAAGUGGUGGACCAAGUGGUGGACCAAAUAGUGGACCAAGUGGUGGACCUGGUGGUGAACCAAGUGGUGAACCAAGUGGUGAACCAAAUAGUGGACCAAGUAGUGGACCAAGUAGUGGACCAAGCGGUGGACCAAUUAGUGGACCAAGUGGUGGACCAAGUGGUGGACCUGGUGGUGGACCAAGUGGUGGACCAAGUGGUGGACCAAGCUGUGGAACAAGUGGUGGACCAAGUGGUGGACCAAGUGGUGGACCUGGUGGUGGACCAAAUAGUGGACCAAUUGGUGAACCAAGUGGUGGACCAAAUAGUGGACCAAUUAGUGGACCAAGCGGUGGACCUGGUGGUGGACCAAGUGGUGGACCAAGUGGUGGACCAAAUAGUGGACCAAGUAGUAGACCAAGUGGUGGACCAAAUAGUGAACCAAGUGGUGGACCAAGUGGUGGACCUGGUGGUGAACCAAGUGGUGGACCUGGUGGUGGACCAAGUGGUGGACCAAGUGGUGGACCAAAUAGUGGACCAAGUAGUGGACCAAGUGGUGGACCAAAUAGUGGACCAAGUGGUGGACCAAAUAGUGGACCAAGUGGUGGACCUGGUGGUGAAUCAAGUGGUGAACCAAGUGGUGAACCAAAUAGUGGACCAAGUAGUGGACCAAGUAGUGGACCAAGCGUUGGACCAAUUAGUGGACCAAGUGGUGGACCAAGUGGUGGACCUGGUGGUGGACCAAAUAGUGGACCUGGUGGUGGACCAAGUGGUGGACCUGGUGGUGGACCAAAUAGUGGACCAAUUGGUGGACCAAGUAGUGGACCAAGUGGUGGACCAAGUAGUGGACCAAGUGGUGAACCAAGUGGUGAACCAAGUGGUGGACCAAGUGGUGAACCAAGUGGUGGACCAUAUGGUGAGGUACACAGUGCUAGUGCACAACUUUCAGGAACACCACGCCAUCCCCAAUAUUUCUGCGACCCGGCAGAACUGA